AAGGAAACUAAAGUAAUUUACAUAUAUCACAUAUAUACAUAGUUCGCACUUCAGACACAACAGGAAAACAAAAUGGAAGAAACUUCGAUGGGAUAUUAUUUACAAACAUGCAGGUUGAUAUAAGUAGCAAUGGGAAGUAUAGAUAUUGUGGCCGUUGGGGACAGUUGUGGGAAGACAGCUUUAUUACAUGCAAUGCGACAAACUGAUUUUAAAAUUGGAAAUGAACUAGAAUUUAUUAACAUUCCACCAACGGUAUUUGAGAGCUACCAAGUCAACUUUAAGUCACAUGGAGUUUAUAUCAGGGUGAAUUUACAUGAUACAGCAGGACAGGAGAAUUAUGAUAGACUACGACCGUUGGCAUAUCAACACAGUAUUGAUGUGGUGUUUUUGGUAUUUGCAGUAAUUUCCCCUGACUCUAUCAAAAACAUUGAAGCUAAAUGGAUUCCAGAAAUUAAUUACCACCUCAAAAAUGUACCAAGGAUUCUAGUUGGUACAAGAUCAGAAUCCCGUGAUGAUGAACGUAUUUUGGCUCACCUGAAAAAAAUGAAACAAAUGCCAGUAAUGCAAAAAGAUAUAGAUGUAAUCUGUAAAAGACACAGUUUGGAAUACUUUGAAACAUCUGCUGAAACUGGAUAUGGGAUAGAAGCAUGUUUGAACGCAGCUAAAGUACAAAAAAUAGUUCAAGCUACUGAAGAGUAUGCUAAUUAG